AUGGCUAAACAAGGCAAUACAACACUGUAGUAUAGCAAAAGUGGCUGUUGUGGGCUCUCUCAACUGGCAAUUCUUGUACCAAGAAGUUAUAUAUCCUUAGUUUCUAAUCAGUCCUUUAUAUAUAUUUAACUGUUCCAAUUAGUUUUGGAGCUUGUUUAAACUUUUCCAAUCCAAUUAAGCCAGUUGCGUCUACCAAUUUCGCCAUAUUCCUCUUUCUUUUUGUUGAGAUUAGGAUCUCAUUGUGUUAUUAUUCUGUUUUUUCUUUCCUUCUUUCAUCUGUACUGGAACUGUUGAAUUCAUUAGAUACUGAUUCCUAUCUCGAGAAUUCCCUCUUUCAAUAGCCUAAUUUAACUUCUAAAUGAUGACUAGUGAAAGCAAGACGGCAAAUGCCAUUGGAGGAAAAACAGCUAGAGCUUGUGAUUGCUGUUUAUCAAAGCGGGCUCGUUGGUUUUGCCCUGCUGAUGAUGCCUUUCUUUGUCAAUCCUGUGAUGUUUCAGUCCAUUCAGCUAACCAAUUAGCGAGUCGCCAUGAAAGAGUUCGUCUUGAAACAUCUUCUAAUAAAUCAACUGACACCAAAUUCGUCGACCAAACUGUUUCUCAACCUUCUUGGCACCAAGGGUUUACUCGGAAGGCAAGAACACCAAGAAAUGGUAAGAAUAAAAGUACACAAAUUGGACAACGGAAAAAGGACGAGGAAAAUAUGGUACCAGAAAUGGGAAGUGAAGAAAACUCACCGGAUGAAAAUGAAUUUGAAAAUGAAGAGCAGCUUCUUUAUCGCGUCCCUGUAUUCGAUCCCUUUGAAGCAGAACUCUGCUGCACAGUCCCAAAUGAAGUGGUAGAUGAAACCACUACAAUUAAUGACUUAGACAUUUUGUUGAACAGUGAAGAUGUAUGCGAUGAUUUAGGGAUUCCUGAGUUUCUAUCUUCUGAGAUUGAACUUGCUGAAUUCGCUGCCGAUGUUGAAAGCUUGUUAGGCGAAGAGUUUAGAGUAGUAGCAGAAGAAGAAGAACAGAGUCGGUUAAUUAACGGUUCUGUUGAAGAUAAUAAGGCAAUAAAGAUUGAGGUUGAAGAUGAAGAAAUGAGAGCUGUUGUUGCUUGUCAUUUGGAUCCUGAAUUGGACAUGGCAAGGGAAGCGCUGAAUUGGGAUUUUGAAUAUGAAGAGACAGUUGAACAGAAGGUAAAUAUGACUGCAGCAACAGAGUUUGUCCCUAGUGCAGAAUGUGGCGGCAGUAAAGCUGAUGCAAAAAGGAGGCUGCUUUUGAGGCUUAAUUAUGAGGCAGUCAUUAGUGCUUGGCCAAAUCAAUCUUCUCCCUGGACUAAUGGAAUCCGACCCCAUUUCAAUCCUGAUGACUGCUGGCCUGAUUUCUUGGAAACAUGUAUUGGAGAAGGAGGAGUUCAUCAACCAUAUGGCGGGGGAAAAGUAAGAGGCGGGGAUGGAGGAAGAGAAGAAAGGGUGUCACGUUACAGAGAGAAGAGGAGGACAAGAUUGUUUUCCAAGAAAAUUCGGUACCAAGUAAGGAAACUAAAUGCUGAAAAAAGACCUCGUCUCAAAGGACGAUUCGUUAAAAGGACGACGUCGUUUUCACCACCUGGUUUUCCGUACCUUAUGAAUAAACGAUGACGGAUAUAUCUUGAAUAGAGUUGAUGAGUUUUCUAAAAUCGCCAUUUUGCUUGCACUAGCAAUCUGGAAUGACUUAGGUUCUUUUAUCAUAACCUAUGUUUAUUCAAUCAAUAAAAUAUUGUGAAUUAAGCUUUUAUCUCA